AUGUACAGGUUAAUUUAUUAUUAUUAUUAUUAUUAUUAUUAUUAUUAUUAUUAUUAUUAUUAUUAUUAUUAUUAUUUAUUAUUAUUAUUAUUAUUAUUAUUAUUAUUAUUAUUAUUAUUAUUAUUAUUAUUAUUAUUAUUAUUAUUAUUAUUAUUAUUAUUAUUAUUAUUAUUAUUAUUAUUAUUAUUAUUAUUAUUAUUAUUAUUAUUAUUAUUAUUAUUAUUAUUAUUAUUAUUAUUAUUAUUAUUAUUAUUAUUAUUAUUAUUAUUAUUAUUAUUAUUAUUAUUAUUAUUAUUAUUAUUAUUAUUAUUAUUAUUAUUAUUAUUAUUAUUAUUAUUAUUAUUAUUAUUAUUAUUAUUAUUAUUAUUAUUUAUUAUUAUUAUUAUUAUUAUUAUUAUUAUUAUUAUUAUUAUUAUUAUUAUUAUUAUUAUUAUUAUUAUUAUUAUUAUUAUUAUUAUUAUUUAUUAUUAUUUAUUAUUAUUAUUAUUAUUAUUAUUAUUAUUAUUAUUAUUAUUAUUAUUAUUAAUUAUUAUUGUUAUUAUUAUUAUUAUUAUUAUUAUUAUUCAUAAACAUAUGUGA